CUUUCAACAUCAUCAUCGGAUCUCGAAAACAUCACUUCUCUCUCUCUAUCGAUAUGGAUCGCGGUGAAAUUCAACUCCCUUGCGACGCCGAUGACGUAUGCAUGCGAUGCAAAUCCAAAAUCCCGUCGGAAGAGUGCCUCACGUGCAGCACGUGCGUCACCCCGUGGCACGUGUCGUGCCUCCGAUCCCCUCCCGCGACCCUCGCCUCCACCCAGUCGUGGGAGUGUCCCGACUGCUCCGGCGACGUCGAUCCCGCUCCUGCUCCUGCUUCCGGCUUAAACCCUAGCAACUCGAGCCUAGUGGCGGCGAUCCGCGCGAUCGAGGCGGACGCGUCUCUGAACGAGGCGCAGAAAGCCAAGAAGAGGCAGCAGCUGGUGAGCGGCAAAGCCGUUGAGGAGGAGGAGAAAGAGGAACAACAGUCAGAUGACUUUCUGGUUUCCCUUCGGAAGAACGUCAGCUGCUCUAUAUGCCUCCACCUUCCUGAGAGGCCCGUCACCACGCCGUGCGGCCACAAUUUCUGCCUCAAGUGUUUUCAGAAAUGGGUUGCUGGCAAGAGGAAGCCUACAUGCGGGACGUGUCGAGCUUCGAUACCUAAGAAGAUGAAGGACAAUCCAAGAAUCAACUCUGUUCUCGUCUCUGCCAUCCGUCUUGCCAUGGUUUCCAAAUCGACUACUGUGUCAACUGCGAAAACUUACCAGUUCAUUAGGAAUGUGGACCGGCCUGAGAAGGCGUUCACCACCGAGAGGGCUAAGAAGACCGGGAAGGCUAAUGCUUGCAGUGGGAGGAUUUAUGUGACUGUACCGUCUGAUCAUUUUGGUCCUAUUCUGGCGGGGAAUGAUCCGGACAGGAACCAAGGUGUUUUGGUUGGGGAGUCUUGGGAGGACAGGCAGGAGUGCCGGCAGUGGGGAGCUCACUUCCCGCAUGUUGCUGGGAUUGGUGGGCAGUCGAGUUAUGGAGCUCAGUCUGUGGCGCUCUCUGGAGGUUACAAGGAUGACGAGGAUCAUGGUGAAUGGUUUCUCUACACUGGAAGUGGAGGAAGAGAUCUGACGGGGAACAAGAGAACCAAUAAAGAUCAGGCGUUUGAUCAGCAGUUUACAAAGUCAAAUGCAGCUCUGAGGAUCAGUUGCAAAAUGGGAUAUCCUGUGAGAGUUGUCAGGUCUCACAAGGAGAAGCGUUCUGCUUAUGCCCCUGCGGAGAAAAGUGUGAGGUAUGAUGGAGUUUACAGGAUUGAGAAGUGCUGGAGAAAAGUUGGAAUACAGGGCAAGAGGGUCUGCCGUUACCUUUUUGUCAGAGUUGACAACGAACCAGCUCCAUGGACCAGUGAUGAGCAUGGUGAUCGUCCAAGACCUUUGCCUUCUAUCCCAGAGCUCAAGAAGGCCACCGAUAUGUUUGUGAGAACGGAAAGCCCAUCAUGGGAUUUUGAUGAAUCUGAUGGUCGUUGGAAGUGGAUGAAGUCUCCACCUGCUAGCAGAAAGGCGAUUGCUGCUUUGGAUCCUGCAGCGAGGAAAGCCAUGAAAGGGGGAGGAAACAAAAGGGACAAAUUUCUCAAAGAAUUUGGCUGCCAAAUCUGUCGGAAAGUGAUGAGCUCCCCUGUGACAACGCCCUGCGCUCACAACUUCUGCAAGGAAUGCUUAACUGGGAAAUUUGCUGGGAUAACUCAAGUGAGGCAGAGAAGCAGAGGUGGGCGCACUCUACGUGCACAGAAGAACGUCAUGAAAUGCCCUUGCUGCCCAAAUGACAUUUCUGACUUCCUGCAGAACCCACAGGUGAAUAGGGAAUUGAUGGAUGUGAUAGAGGAGGUGAAGAAGAAGAAAGAGUUGGAGGAGCGACAAGAUGAAGGAAACUCUGAAAAUUCCGCUGAAGGUGAAAACACAGGAUCUGAAGAAGAAGAAGAAGAAGAAGAAGAAGAAGAAGAAGAAGAAGAGGAAGAGGAGGAAGAAGAAGAAUCCGACGUUCAUGUGUCUGAAGAUGAGCCAGCAGCCAAGAAGAUCAAACUCUCAGCUUAAAUUAUGAAUUUUCUUUUGAUGUUAUAAUGCUUUCGGUGGUACUUAUUGCAAACUUAUUUUAUUUUGGUAUUCAUUUUGAAACAGAUGUGACUUUAGCUAAAUAUUAUUCUAUAUAUAAGUUAUGGUUUGAGUAGUCUGUUUAGGGACAA